AGGAUCUGAAAGGGUUGAUUGGAAAUAGUUUGAUAUAAUGGAUAGAAUUUUUGGAUGUCGUGAAAACAUUAAUCCUUCUUUUCUUUCAAAUGAUUCAACAGAAUUUAUUAGUGAUGAAGAAGAAAAAAAGGUUAAAAAUACAAAAAGGAAAAAGAAUUCUGUAGAAUCUUUGGUUGAUUUUAUGAAUAAUAUUAAUCAAUCAAAAAAUAAAUUAGCUGAACAAAAAUUUGAAUUGGAACGUGAAAAAAUGAAUAAAGAAUAUAAGUUGCAAUCAGAAAGGUUGGAAGUUGAAAAGCAAAAAUGGGAAUAUGAAAGAGAACAAGCACAUAUGCGUCAUGAAUUGCUUAUGAAACAAAUAGAAUUACAAAUAGCACAAACACAAAACAAACAAUAG